AUGCGCCUCAACGGCUCGGCGUGGGGAUCCCCGGGCGCCCUGGGCGCCCAUCCCUUCCCGCGGCUGCCGUCGGGGCUGGAGGCGGUGCUCCUGGCCCUGGGCUCGGGCAACAGCUCGGGCAACGCGACGGAGCGCGUCCCCGCAGAGCCCAGCAGCGAGCUGGACGUGAACACGGACAUCUACUCCCGGGUGCUGGUGACGGCCGUGUACCUGGCCCUCUUCGCGGUGGGCGUGGUGGGCAACUCGGUGACAGCGUUCACGCUGGCGCGCAGGAAGCUGCUGCGGCACCUGCAGGGCACGGUGCACUACCACCUGGGCAGCCUGGCGCUGUCCGACCUGCUCAUCCUGCUGCUGGCCCUGCCGCUGGAGCUGUACAACUUCAUCUGGGUGCACCACCCCUGGGCCUUCGGCGACGCCGGGUGCCGCGGCUACUACUUCCUGCGCGACGCCUGCACCUACGCCACGGCCCUCAACGUGGCCAGCCUGAGCGUGGAGCGCUACCUGGCCAUCUGCCACCCCUUCAAGGCCAAGACCCUCAUGUCGCGCAGCCGCACCAAGAAGUUCAUCGGCACCAUCUGGCUGGCCUCGGGCCUGCUGGCCGUGCCCAUGCUCUUCACCAUGGGCCAGCAGAACCGCAGCGCCGACGGCCAGCACCCGGGCGGGCUGGUGUGCACGCCCAUCGUGGACGCCACCACCGUCAAGGCCGUCAUCCAGGUCAACGCCUUCGUCUCCUUCGUGCUCCCCAUGGUGGUCAUCUCCAUCCUGAACACCAUCAUCGCCAACAAGCUGACCGCGAUGGUCCACCAGGCAGCCGAGCAGGGCCAGGUGUGCACCGUGGGGGCCCAGCCCGCCACCUUCAGCAUGGCCAUCGAGCCCGGCCGCGCCCAGGCCCUGCAGCACGGCGUCCGGGUCCUACGCGCGGUGGUCAUUGCCUUCGUGGUCUGCUGGCUGCCUUACCAUGCGCGCCGCCUCAUGUUCUGCUACGUUUCCGAGGACCGGUGGACCCCGGGAGGGCUCCCCGCCACCCACCAGCUGCCCAUGGACAGAGCCAGGCUCCACCGCUUCCGGGAGCCUGCCUGUGACGGAGGCUCCCUGAGGGCCCGGCCAGCUCAGCGGCUCCCAUGCCCGCCCCGGGCUCCCGGCUCGGACAUGAGGACAUGCGGUGCCAGCUCGUCUCCUGAGCACGAGGACCACCCUGGCCAGGGCCCCUGCCCCUCUCCUGGGCCCGCGGAUCCUUGA